AUGGCUUCGCCAGGCUUGCAAAGUCAAUCCCGGCGACGGCUACCUCGAGCUCCGAAUAUUGACGCAAGCGUUGAAAAAGUAGAGUGUCGUGACUCUGUUGACAUUGAACAGCAACAAAAUAUGGCUUCAAUCGCAAAGAAACGACUUACUCCAGAGGUUGUUGCUAUGCUUUUAUCGUUGGAUUACGACAGCGAGACAACAGUGAAUGCAAACAAAGUUGUAGGAAGUGGUAUUUCCACAAAAUCUGUUGGUGAAAUAUCCCAAACACCAAAUACAAAAGUAAUUUUACAAGGCGAUGUUGGUUUGGUGAAUAUACUCAAGACCUCUGGACAACCUUUAGGGUUUUCAUUACGGGAGUAUAAUGUUAAUAAAUGUGAAGAACCUGGAGGGAUAUUUGUCUCUAGACUAACUCCUGGUGGCGUUGUGGAACAGAAUUCCUUACUUAGCACUGGAGAUGAAAUUUUAGAGAUUAACCGUGUCGCCGUUAAAGACUAUAAACUCAGUGAUGUUGUAGCUAUGAUUCAAAUUCCAAAGAAAUUGACAUUGAAAGUGAGAUUUAAAUGUAGAGGAGACAGCAGUGACGUUUCGAAAGAACAUGGUACUGAGAAACCAAAACCAAGUGUCCGAAAUGUGAAUAAUAACUACAUUGAACCAAAUCACAGAUUUGAAUGUCACAGAACUGGUCCGAAACAGGGCGCCCAAAUUUCUGCAAAAGAAAGUAUUAUUACAGCACCAGGCGCCCUUAAAUUCAGGCGUAGUUCUUCUGGCAGGUUAUUACCCGCACCUCCCGAGUCAGAAGUAAGUAUAUCACAUUUCAAUACUCGCCAUGAAAAUCGCCCUAGUUCAUAUACUUCAAAUAUUGUUUCAAGUGAUUUAUCCCGGCUGAAACACGACAAUAAUACUAUUAACCUGAAUACCCGGUUGGGUUCAAACAGCAACUUUAGUGAAAACAAUAGCUUAAGUCAACGAGCUUCACAAACACAUUUAAAUAAAGAAAUUGUAAAAAUUCACUCAAAUCCAGAGAUUUCUACAAGCAAGCAGAAAAAUCAAAAGAGAUCUACUGUUAUGCCUGCGUCAAUAAAUGAAAGAAAACCUUCGCAAGGAACAGACAGUCAGGACGGCAGAUAUACUUCAAAGCGCUUAGACCCAGGUGAUAUAAAGUUCGAUAUUUUAGCUUCAUAUGAUCCGAAGUAUUCGAACUUUGAUUCUGCGUCUAACAUUAUUUCUCGUACGUUGGACGAAAUCAAAAUUGAAUCAAAAGAUGAUCUUUCCAAAUCUACUUUACGUAAAACAUCGGAGACGUUCGGCUCUAGUUCGUCAUUAUCAAGCAAUGGUUCUCCAAAACCUCAAGUUAGGAAAUCUAAAAACAGUUCAUCAAGUCUCGGUAGUAGUGGCCUCUCUCGAUCAGAUAUGUUAGCGCAUUCCUCCCGACUUUCUGACAACAGCCCAGUGAGCUCGUCAGCUGAAAAUGAAGACCAAAUGUCUAAAGGUGUUUCUGAGAACUCGAUUAAACAAAAUCAGAAACCUCCGUUCACUCAUUCUUUGUCUUCAGACGAUUUAAACCGAUCUCACAAUAGCUGGUUUUCCAAGAUCGGACACCCAAAACUGAAACACGUUCGGAAAUUCUCGGAAGGCGCACGACCACUUUCAAUACCUGCUGCUUUCGGAGAACCAUAUCGUGUGCAGGAAUCAACAGAUGUCUCAUCUGAUGACGCGGAACAUGGCUACAGGUUAUACCCAAGUACACCCCAGGAAACUGCUUCACGUGCUGUGACUGGAAUGGUCACUUUGGAUAUCGUCAAAGGAGCUCAGAUUGGCGAGUCUAUCACGAGAGAGAAACGCAAAAAGACUAAAGUGCUCUGUAGUGUAGAUUCUGACGGGGUCAGGCAAGCUUGUACAGUCUCGAAGAAAGGUAUUAAUGAUUUCCAAUGGAACGAGAGUUUUGAAAUAGAGUUACAACGAACACGUGAAAUUCGAAUAACGGUUUGCUCUCAUUCCAAAAAGGAGGAUGUUAAGAUUGCAGAAGGUUGUUUAAGCCUCGCUUCAUUGUUAAACGAAGGUAAUGAACACUUGCUUGCAGUUUGUUUAGAACCCUCCGGAAUGCUUUGUAUCAAAUUAAAAUUCACUGAUAUGAAAUUUCUUCUUCAACGCACGCCGUCACAAAAGAAGGAAGGUGUUUUCGGUUUUCCGCUUGAGACAGUCUUACGACGUGAGGGUUCAAAAAUCCCGAACUUGAUUCGCAAGUGUGUGGAGGAGAUUAAUGAGCGAGGCCUGGAAACAACUGGAAUUUAUCGAAUUUGCGGGAAUGCCGCUAAGAAGAAAGUAUUGCGAGCGCAAUUUGACAACAAUAGUGCGAGUGUUGACUUGAGUCAGACUGAGAAUCCUGUUGAUAUUAACAUUAUAACUGGUUUGCUGAAAGAUUACCUACGUGAAUUACCUCGACCUCUUCUCUCUCAAGAUAUACGUGAGUUACUCUGCGAAACAGAUGCGGUACCAGAUAAUCCUCGAGAUAAUCUAGUUUCUGCGAUCAUUAAAAAGUUCACUCGCACGUCCAAAGCGACCAUUAUGUACUUGUUAGAUCAUUUCGUCACUGUAUUGAUGAACUGUGAUGCAAACAAAAUGGAUAGUCAUAAUUUAGCAGUAUGUAUUGGGCCUGUAUUGCUGUGUCCAUCACUUGGUGGAAGCACAACCAGUACUGUUAGUGAUACAAAGAAAGAUAUCAGUGCCAUUAAGUUAUUGUUAGAAGUUUGGCCUAAACCAGAACAGAUUUCAGCCUGUUAA